GUGAUGCUCAGAGAGGAGGACAGAGGACUGGGAGAAGAUGCAUUAAAGGGCGAUGAAGUUCUGUGAAGCGCUUUCUCGUCGCAGCGUUAUGUACGCACGUAUGAUUAAUUUAGUGUAGUGUUUUAUUGCUACGUAGUGCGGGGUGGAUUUUAUUGCAAAGAAAAAAAAUAAAUAAACAAUAGUCGGAUGGUCGGUGAAAGGAAGAGAGAAAAGGGGGGUGUAUGGUUUUAAUGAUGACUUAUAGGCUACAGCGGACCGUCACUUAAUUCUGAAUUACAGCUCGAAUAGCGCGGAACUUCACAGGUCUGAGGAAAUAACAAAGAAGCGUUUUCGGUAAAGGAGACAUGGAUGGAGAGACAGGCAAAGGAAAGGCUCUCUGAUGCAAAGAACAACCUCCCUUUGGAAUAAACAAAAAAUGAUGAAUGUGCUUUUUCCCUGACUGGUCCGGCAAAACAGAAGACACGCCACUUCCAUUAGCGAGGACAUCUGAGGACGCUUCUUUCCUAAAGCCAGAACUGAACAAUAACAGCGAACAAUGGCACAUAAUUACGAAUCGCUCCGUUUUGUGGCUUUUCAUUCUCAGUGAGGAAGAGAAGUCAGAUAUUUUGCAAGCUUGCAUGCCGUGAAAGAGGAUUUGAAAUACCGGCUUGCGACUGAAGCGGCACUUCCUGAGACAUAUUUUUACUGAUUGGAGCCUCCUUGCCAAUUCCCAGCUUUCCUGAACGUUGGACUGCCGUUCCUCUGCAAUAAAAGCGCUCAGGAUGUACAGCGUUGCAUCCGACUGAUUCUCAAACUGCCACCCAAGGAGAAGAAGCGCGCUCACAGUCUGGCAAUCAGCAGACGCUCAAACAGCGAGUCAAUGUGGAGUCCAUUAGCUUUCAGUGCCAGACCUCCCUCAGAGCUGAAGCAGCACCUCCUCGGCUUUGGUGUCAGAAGUGAGAGCUCUCUCUGUGUUAUCUCCUCCUGUCCCACUCUCUCUGGCUAGCUUAUCCUGAUCCCGCUAUUGACAGACCUGAUGUCCAAGUCGAACCUAAAAUGGGUGAAAGAAAACACACCACAAGUCCAAAUGGACUUCUGAAUCAUCUGCUGUAAAGAACCAUUGUAUUGGUUGAAUUGUGCUAUAAAAGGCAAGAGGAGGCUAGCAGAGCUUGCUGGUUGCAUGAUGGCUCCUGAAGGUAUAGGAGAGCUUCGAGACUUGCUCUUCUUCCUGCUCCUGUGCCUCACAUUACUUGCUGAGCUACUGGAGAUGACUGCAGCUUCCUCACAGGGACUGGAUGGCGAUGGCGACAUAAUGUGCCCAUCUGUGUGUCGCUGCGACGAGGACUUUAUUUACUGCAACGACCGCGGACUGAGCGCAAUCCCACCUCUACCGCCGUCUGCAACCGUCCUUUAUCUUCAGAACAAUCACAUUGACAACGCGGGGCUUCCUAGGUCCUUGGAGCAUCACACCACCGUGCGUGUUAUAUAUCUCUAUGAUAAUGAGCUCGAUGACUUUCCCAUGCAUUUGCCACCUUCAUUAAGAGAGCUUCACCUCCAGGACAACAACAUUAGGGUGCUGCCAAGGGCCGCGCUCGCUAGACUUCCGCUGCUCGAAAAGUUGCAUCUGGAUGACAACUCUGUUUCUACAGUGAGCAUUGAGGACCAGGCCUUUGCGGACAACCCUCGACUGCGUCUCCUCUUCCUUUCCAGAAACCACCUUUCCAGCAUCCCAUCUGGUCUUCCUGCCUCACUCGAAGAACUCCGUUUAGAUGACAACCGAAUCUCUACUAUUCCCACUCAUGCCUUCCGAGGUUUGUCCUCCUUACGUCGCCUGGUCUUGGAUGGUAAUCUCUUAGCUAAUCAACGCAUUGCUGACGAUACCUUUUCGCGCUUGUCAAACCUAACAGAACUCUCCCUGGUCCGUAAUUCGCUUCAGACACCCCCUCUCAACUUGCCCAGUGCCCACCUGCAGAGACUCUCCCUUCAGGACAAUAACAUCAUACACAUGCCUCGGGGCUCACUUGACGGAAUGCGCAGACUACAACGCCUAGAUCUUUCUGGAAACAAUCUGACUACCCUUCCCAGAGGAUUGUUCAGGGACUUGGAGAGCCUGGGGCAACUGCUUGUGCGAGGAAACCCAUGGCACUGUGGCUGCAACUUGCGCUGGCUGCACGACUGGCUGGAAGCGAAGGGGAAUACAAUUACAGUGAGAGGUUUUAUCUGCCAGACACCAGAGCGAGUCCGAGACAUGGCGCUUAGAGACCUCACAAAUCAGAUGGAUGAUUGUGAGUUGGCCGUUGCCGCCGGUGGUACAGGCGGUGUAGGUACGGGAGUUGGUGUCGGUGGUAACAGGGUGAGCGGAGGAGCGGCAGGAGCCGCUUCUACCACUCUUUCGCCCCCUCAAGGCUCCCUGUUUACUCUCAGGUCCAAGCGACCGGGCCUCGGCCUGCCAGAAACAGGGUUGGACUACACAUUAAGCAGCAGUGGUGUGGGCAAGAACUUGGCCCUGAAUGUGAAACCCCUUUCCCAUGACAGUAUCCGUGUUACUUGGAGCGUAGCGCAAACAUCUUCUUCCUUUCGAUUAAGCUGGCUUCGCCUGGGAACCAGCUCCGCCAUGGGCUCCAUCACGGAAACCUUGGUUAGAGGUGACCGGCGGGAGUACCUUCUCACUGCCCUGCAGCCUGCUUCCAGCUACAUCAUCUGCAUGGUGCCUCUGGUGUCUAACAGCGGAAGCAGGAGUAGUUUGCCCGGAGGGGACGCAGAAUCAAACGAGGUGCCGGUUUGUGCCAGAACAGAGACGUCUGAUCCUAGCCACACUGUCGAUGAAGGUGAAGACGAGAGCACUGAUCAAAUGACUUCUCUUCCGCUUGCAGGAAUCAUCGGAGGUGCUACGGCAAUAGUUUCCCUUGCUCUAAUCAUUGCCAUUUUCUGCUGGUAUGGGCACCGUGCAGGACAUUUCACAUCCCGAGACCAUUACAGCCACAACAGCUCUCGCAAAAGCAAACACUAUGAUGACUACAUCGAGUCAGGCACAAAAAAAGACAACACCAUCUUAGAGAUCAGAGGUCCAGGAUUCCAGAUGACACCGAUGGCAACACGACAGCCCCUUCAGCCGAAACCGGUGAGAGAGGAUUACAUUAUACACACCAUCUUCCCCUCGAAUGGCACAGGUCUAUACAAGCCACCCCAAAACAUGACCAACUCCGGCUACGGCACCAACCGCGGCUAUAGAGAAGGAGGCAUUCCAGAUAUAGAUUACUCUUACACAUGAUAGCUUUGAUUUAGAAACCACAAUUAGGAGUCAUGUACUGCAUAGAUACACAGUUUUUAAUCAACAUGGGCUCUGCAGAAUCCCUUUGUGCCUUCUGGUCUCCAUUACAAUGUAGCCUGCUGUUCAUGACACUAUAAAACUUUUAAUUGGCCCAGAUGCUUAUAGGAAGCAUUAUAAAUGUGGUGCCAGGAGGCGAUGAUGCCAUUUCAGGUGGUGAUACCAAAUGCUAUUUUCACCUCCCGGUGUAAUGAUCAGUGUCCCUGACAUUGCUGUUUUAUCCCUGGCUGGUGCACUGAGGGGGAUUCAAGGGCAGCCCACACCGCCUUCAGCUCACAGACUGUUCACAGAGCUCAGUGCAUAUAUGGGUGAGAGGAAGUCUUCUCGUAGGAAAGAACCAACCUGCUGUACAUUGUGAUAUUUUUGUCUCCUACGAGAGUCAAGGAUUUGAACCAGGAGCGACAGGAAUCCUGCAUCAAGCAAGAUGACCUCUUUGCUCAGAGGAAACUGGAAAUGUGUCGCUGCAAGCAAUCCUUCUGGAAAGUGCGCGGGCUCACAUGCGCACUUGUGUUUUGGAGAUAUGAGCUGCAGAACACGACUGCUAUUCCUAAUCAAGUCGGAAUCUCUGGACCAAGCAGAGACACGGCCCUCAAAAACUACAGCAAGGUUUGAAAUGCCUCAAAAACUACAUUCAUUUGAAAUCUUAUACACUUGAAAGCUGCCUGAUACUACUAUGAUAACAUCCAACAAGCGUCACGGUGACUGUUUUAGUUUCAGACCGGUGUAAAGUUGAGAGGACGAAUGAAAUCUGUUUAUGUGUCUUGAGGAACUUUCGAUUUUUAAAAAAUUGCAACUGAACCCUGGUGUGUUGAUAGAGGCAAACAAUGCAAGUUAGAUAUUGGACAUUGUCAUAACUCUGUUCCCUAGUUGUUUACAUUUUUUUUUUUUUUCAUUGUUUGCUCUUUUUAAAUUUGUUUCACUUUAAUUUUGAAAAGUCAUAUAGCCCUGACGAUAGUUACAUCAUAAUUUUCAAACAAGGGCAUCACUAAUGUAAAGGAACGUUCUCCUACAAAAACACAAAACUUGCUUGUUUUCAAUGGAUUGUCCCCUAUAAUGCACAGUUCUGUUAAAUGGCUCAUUGUUUGUAGGCUUAGCCACAUUCUUAGCACAAAGUACAUUCUAUAAAUCACAUCUCCAAAUGUCACUGUAGAUAAAGAUAUGGCCUCGCUGCUAACCACAGCAGCUGUACUGCUAUGAUUCUUAGGGAGAGGAGAGAGGGUGUUCGAGGGGAAACCAGGAAUAUGAACCAUAACACUGUGGACCAUCACUGUGGGAGACAGAGAGUGCAUCAGAAUGUUGUAUAAUUUUGUAAGGCGGAUGCAUUUUGAUUAAAAAAAUGUAAUUUUUCCUUGUGUAGAAAUUAAGCAGUUUGUCAGUGUCUUCAACCCAUUCAUUUAAGCCAACAGCGGAACAGAACACUAAUUAAGGAACACUUAUCAGACAGUUUCCGCAAUGGUUCUGAGGUAGACAGAGAGAAAGCUAUGCUUGCGUUUUACGAAAGACCUCCCCAGAGUCUCCGUGACAUUUCUGUUCUGAUCUGCUAUAUUCACGUAUUUGAGGACUUAGAGAAUUUAAGACAGCUUACACUGCCGUGUAUUUUAUGUACUAUUUGGCAUUGUAGUGUACUUGUCAGAAACAGGAAAGAAAAGAUGGAUAGAGAGAGAGAGAGAGAGAGAGAGAAGUAGAAGUAGAAUGUACUAUACUGAGAAAAAGCGAGAAAUUCUACACAUAAAACAUAGAUUUGACAUUGAAGCAGAGGCCUAACGGAAAUGAAACCUGCGGUGUUGAACUGUGCAUGAAAUGUGUUGUCAUCUUCUUGCUGUCUGCUGUUGUGUUGGCACUUUGUCUCAUGCCUUUCCCUCUACACAAAGGAUUACUCCUAACCUCUGUUUCAGAGCUGGAAAUGAAUCAAGACUUCAUGGCAAACUAAAAAUACAAUUUUGUUUUUAAUGGGGUCUUUCAAAAGGACAGCUCACCAAAAAUGGAAAUUCUGUCUAUUACUUACUCUCUAGUUGUUCCAAACCUGUAUGCAUUUUUUUCUUCUGCUGAACUUUUUUUUUUUUUUUUUUUUUUUUUUUUUUGGAGGAACCAAACGAUUGUUGGUCCACAUUGACUUCCAUAGUAUAAAAGAAAAUUGGGGACCAGAAACUGUUGAGGUACGUUCUUCAAAAUAUCUUCUUUGUGUUCAGCAGAAGAAAAUAAAUCAUACAGGUUUGAGAGUGAGUAAAUGAAGACAGAAUUUUCAUUUUGGGUGAAGUUUCUCUUUAAAUUGAUCUGUGGGGUUUUCAGCCUUUCUUUUUUAGGGCAGCAGAGAGAAAAGUGUAAAACUGAGGAAAGAGUGAAGGGUGCACAGGAUAUGAAGCGACCGGACCCUACUAACUACCCACAGCACCGCUGCUUUAAUAAUAUAGCCCAAUUUUUUUGUUUUUUUAUUCAUUUAUUUAUUUUGAAUUGUUGGUAUGUUUUAUGUAGUCCAAGUGCAAUAAUUAGUUCACUCAAAAAGGGAAAUUGUGUCAUCUUUUUCUCACUCUCCUGCCAUUUUAGACCCAACAUGAAAUUGACAAGAAAUGAACUUAAUUUCUUCUUUGGAACACAAAAGUUUAGUAAAGUAGUUCAGCAGAAUGGUGCUGCAGAAUGUUGAUAAAAAUGACAACUCGCAGUCACCAGGGACUGUCAAGCUCUGAAAAGAACAAAAAAGCAUCAUAAAAGCACAAUAAAUGUAGUCUACGUGACUCGGAAGACUAUAUUCCAAAUCGUCUAAAAUCCUUCAGCAGCUUUGUGUGAAAAAUAAGGCAAAAUUGAAAUAGUUAUCAAAUCAAAUUCAUUCUUGCACUCAUUCAGACAUGAAGGAUUAGUUCUUGUACAUGAAAUGAAUAACACCAGAUGCCAUUAGUUCUUUGGUGUCUUGUAACAAAACUAGCCAAAUUUAACUGAAUGAGGGUUAGCAGAUUGCUUAGUGUAUUUCUGGGUGAACUAUUUGCAUUCAUCUCAGGUAUAAUUUGCAGCUACUGUACAGAGAAUAUUCAGUGCAUCUCAAGAGCACUUCAAACCUGUUGAAUAAGCUGUUGUUCAAAUUCCCAUGAUACUGUAAUGCAGAUUCACGCCCUUCUCACACAGGCAACGAGGUUGGAAGAUUGUACAACUCCACAGGUGUAAAUGGGGCCUUGCAUUUAAGUUCCACCUACAGGUCAUCUUUUUGGCCUGCGGCUGAAACGUUCAGGCGCUCACUUCCUGUCUUCACUUUCCCCUGCCAUCUUGAGAAACUCUUUGAUCUGUCGCCAUUGUUUUCAUUUGAUUUUGCAGCAUGUGCAAAGAAGGAUUACAGAGUCGGUGUGUGUCUUUGAGUGUGUGUGUGUGUGUGUGUGUGUGAUGUUCUUUAGGGCUUCAAAAAUACAGAGGCAUACAUUAAAAGCAUUUUCUGUUGCAAUUUUCCUGUCUGUUUUAUUGAAACCAUCUGCAAAUUUGAUAUCUCCUGCCGACUCUGACCAGCAGUUGUUCCACCUGCACCCCAUUAACGCAGAUGUCUCUUUGCACACAUGCACACUCCACUAUACACACACACACACACAUCCUUCUGUUGUCACCCCUGAGACAGGAGCUUAACCUGCAUACUCAUUCUGUAAAAUAACAACAAUACAUUUCACCUCACACACAGCCUAUUCUCACUCCCAAGGCAUCAGAUACUGCCGCUUGAGUUUUGCACAUCACUACGCAGAUGCUAGAGGUGUACCUUUGUAGCAACAAGGCUGUUAUCAACAAGAAACCUUUAUGUCAAUACUCUAAAAUCAUACCUAGAGUUAAUUUCUCGCAAUUUCAGGUGCUUUUGAAAAAGCACCAGAAAUUGGCUUGGGAUAACUUGGUUUGAUUGCCUGGACCAAGUUUGCGUUUGAUUGCUCCCCCUUCUGGAUUGUGUUCACACUUUUAAUUCCAAACCGCGGUAUGUUUGCAUCAAAGCGGCAGCUGUUUACUCCUUGUUGCUAGGUAACAAUGAUGCAGGAGAAGGCGGUAAAAUUCAUAGCGUUGCUCACUUGGUUUUGUUUCCAGUGAAUUAACAAAUAACAGCCGAAUGUGCUGCAAAUGUUCUAAAAAAAAAGCAGGGGUUGCCACUUGUUUUUUUGGGGUUUUUUGUCAGCCAAAGCCCCUUUUUAGCUUUUGAUUUUUAAUUCAUAUAUUAGCUAAUAUUUCAGUAAUUUAAUAACACAUUUGUGAUUCUCUGAUGUCGGUUAACUAUUUAAUAUUUUUUAUUAACAGUGUUUUUGUGGGAAAUUCUGGGUACUGGUUGUUAUGAAUUUGAAUUUUAAUGAUAAAAAUGAACAAUAUAAAUAUAUUAGUUGUAAAUUAAAAAAAAAAAAAAAAAAAAAU